AUGAACUCCUUAUGUGAUCAUAGACCAUAUGGAUUGAGGUUGACCCUUCUUGAUGUUUCUUAUAAUCAAUUGUCGGGGGAGCUUCCUGAUUGUUGGUCACGAGCAAACGCCCUGCGAGUUCUUAUUUUGGGAAAUAAUAAUUUAUCUGGGAAAAUUCCUACCUCCAUUGGCUUCUUAACAAGUAUUGGGAUAUUGCAUUUGAGCAACAACAAUUUGACUUCAGAAUUGCCUCCAUCCUUACAAAAUUGCACGAAUUUGGUGAUUUUCGAUGUAGGAGGAAAUAAAUUGUUGGGGCCAAUACCAACUUGGAUUGGGAAAAGUCACACGAAGCUUGUUAUUCUUAGUCUGCGAUCAAAUAACUUCAAUGAGAGUAUGCCUCUUGAACUGUGCCACUUAGUAGAUCUUCAACUAUUGGACUUGUCUUUAAACAAUCUUUCAAGAAAUAUUCCGUAUUGUCUUGGUAAUAUUACAGCAAUGAAAGCAAUUGGGGGAACCAAUUCAAAGAUUAGAUGGCCCUAUGAAGAAUAUCAUCGUCCAGGUUGGAUUGAUCUUCUGCCGGAAUUCUACAACGAACACUUAAGCUUGGUAUGGAAAGGAGCACUACUUGCAUUUAAAAAUUUGGGACUUCUAAAGAACAUUAAUUUAUCAAGCAACAAUUUAUCGGGGGACAUUCCAAGAGAAAUUACUGAACUAAUUGGAUUGGUUUCUUUGAACUUGUCAAGAAACAAUUUAAGUGGGCAAAUCCCACAGGAAAUCGGCGAAUUGAAAUCGUUAGAUGCUCUUGAUUUAUCAAAGAAUCACCUUUUCGGCAGAAUUCCUUCAAGCCUCUCCCAAGUAGACCGUCUCAAUACACUGGACUUGUCGAGCAACAAUGUGUCAGGAAAAAUUCCAUCAGGCACUCAACUCCAAUCACGUGAUCCAGCUGCAUAUUUGGGAAAUCCUGAGCUUUGUGGAGUCCCACUUUCAAAGAAAUGUCCAGGUGAAGAAGAACCAGCAAUUUCUGGCGCCACAGAAGAUCGUGCCAACUACGAAGAAAAAGACGAGUUUAUAACAGAAGGAUUUUACAUUAGCACAGCCGUUGGAUUUAUAGUUGGAUUUUGGGGGGUCUGUUUGACAUUUAUCUUCAACAAAUCCUGGAGAUACGGAUACUUCAAGUCGUUGAACAACGCAGGAGAUUGGCUUUACGUAACUGUAGCAGUGCACAAGGCCAAACUAGUGAGGAUCAUCAAAAGCUAA